AUGGCAGAUGCUAAGCAAGGGAAGGCGGCUUCGGAAGAUCUGUAUAAUGGUUCAUCUCAAUCUAGGGUCAUAUUGGCGAAGCCGCGUCUUGGCGGUUUUGGAUCUUCGAAUGUUGCCUCAAGUUCUAACAAAAGCUCUAAUCCCUUUGGCUCUGUCUUACGCCCACCACAGUUAAAAGCUACUAAUAAUCCAUUGUAUAAACAUGGUGAAAUUCCUGAUGAAGUUGACACAGAGAAAGAAAAAGAUAAAGAAACCAUUCUUGUGGAUAGACUGCAAGAUAAAAAGGAAGAAGUAGAACCACCUAAAUUUGUUCCACUAGGUUCUGCAAAUGCUACUUCUAGAGCUUCCAACUCUGUACCCACACCAGCACAACCUACAACUAGUGCUUCUUCAACUGGAUUUAUAUUUGGACAGAACUUGAGUGAAAGAGUUGUUAUGGCAGAAUCUGUUAACAAUGGUGAAUCAUCUGCUGAUCAUAGUACAUCAAAUGGGACUACAGAAUUGCUGUUUACAAAUGCUGCUGCAUCAGUUAAAGAAAAUAAUCAGGAGGAACCAGGACCAAGUGAGAAGAGUGGCGAUGGUCUUGCGGCCGCUGCAGCGGAAUACGAGCGAUCUCACGCUCGGCCACCGCCGCCCACUACUCAAUGCACCAUGACUGGAGAGGAGGAUGAAACCAACAUACUGCAGAUUACAUGUCGACUGUUCGCAUGGGAGGCGGGUAGCUGGCGCGAACGCGGGCGUGGUGUGUUGCGGCUCAACGACGCGGCGCCGGGCGGCGGCGGCGGCGGUGGCUCGCGUCUGGUGGUGCGCGUGGCGGGCUCCUUGCGUGUCGUGCUCAACACAAAGCUCUGGCCCGACAUGGUCGUCGAACGGGCUGGGGCCAAGUCGCUCAGAAUCACGGCCGUUGAUGCCCAGUUGCAAAUUAAGUUAUUCCUUAUCAUGGGUGCCCCCGGUGACAUUGUACAUCUAUAUCGAGCACUUACGUCACGCAUCGCUGGUAGUAAAAAAACUGUUAAUUGCACUCAACACACAACAGCCCAAAGAGCGGCGGAGAGACUUGAAGCCGCUACUGAUGAUGCGGAUUACCCGGACAAAGCUGACGACGCCUUCAACGAUGAUGACUCCAGCUACGAGGAAGAGAAGCAAAGCUUUGCCGACGCACAAGCAGAAGGAGGUUGUAAAUCAAUUAUAAACAGACUUGAAAAGGAUCCUGAACAAAAGACUGAUGAAGAUAAAUCUCAUGUAAAUAAUGAAAUUAACGAGGAUAAUGAAGCUAAAGCUAUAAAACGGAAAGAACCAGUCGACGACGAAACAUUGCCGAAAAGACAGUGUCCGGAAAUUUUAAUACAUAGACCAUAA